AAAAAAUACCAAACGCUCCUUCCUUUAUGGUAUGUCAAAUCGCACCCCGUAGGUUCGUGAAAAUUACAAAAGAACCAUCUUCCCCAGUCCCUGGUUCGCUAGGCCACCUACGCUUCCGAAUCCCUAAUCUCUUCCCUCAAAGAGAACCUAAAAAACCUCCCAAAACCCAUACAAACCACAAUAAAGAAUAAUAAAGAUGGAAGACCAACAUGAACACGAAGACCAAGAGUACGACGUAUAUGGCGGAGAGAUCCCCGACCAGAUGGACGCCGACGAUCAGAAUCCCGAGCAUGAACAAGGCCUCGACGACCCCAACUCUAACUCCAAGGAUUUGGAGGACAUGAAGAAGAGGCUGAAGGAGAUUGAAGAAGAAGCUGGUGCUCUUCGUGAAAUGCAGGCUAAAGUGGAGAAGGAGAUGGGAGCUGUCCAAGAUCCCUCAAGUACUUCUGCAACUCAAGCUGAAAAGGAGGAAGUGGAUGCCCGCUCGAUCUAUGUUGGUAAUGUAGACUAUGUUUGUACCCCUGAGGAAGUACAGCAACAUUUUCAGUCCUGUGGAACUGUCAACAGGGUGACAAUUUUGACAGAUAAGUUUGGUCAGCCUAAAGGAUUUGCUUAUGUUGAGUUCGUUGAAGUUGAUGCUGUCCAAAAUGCUAUUCUGUUAAAUGAAACAGAGCUGCAUGGUCGUCAGAUAAAGGUUUCUGCAAAGCGAACCAACAUUCCUGGUAUGAAACAGUAUCGUGGAAGGCGACCCAACCCAUAUCUUGGUUUCCGAGGUCGGAGGCCCUACAUGCCUGGUGCUCCUUUUCCACCAUACGGUUAUGGAAGGGUUCCCAGAUUCAGACGGCCAAUGAGGUACAGGCCAUACUAAUGAUGGAUCUCAUGUCAGUACUGGUCACUAUGGUAAGGGCAUCAUUUUUUUGGUGGUUUAUGAUAAUUGUCAUAUGAUUAUUACUCCUGAAACCCGGAGGGAGGAGAACACUUGUAUCAUAUGCCUGUGGCAUCUGCCAAUUGGCUUCCUCUCAAAUGGUUCUUCCUGAAGCAAUGAUGGAAUCACGCUUUCUGCUUUUAAAAGAGGUAAGAAGAGGCAGAAAUGCAAAUGUUUUAGUGACUUUUUUUUUUUUAAAUGUACUCUGCGAAUUACUGGUCUCAGACUGAUUCAUUUCUAAGUUUAACCUGAGGAUCAAGUGAUGUUUUUUCAAAUUGGCUGGCUACUUUAGUGAUUACAGUUUGGCUGAA